GUAUUAGGGUUUCUCACGUUUUUAUUUCUCUCCUCGCCGUCUCUUAGACUCCCCCGACACCACCUUCGUCGCCGUAGUCCGACUCACCUUAGCCCUUAGGGUUCGAGUCUGGGUACCCUGUAUUUUCUGCGUAUCUGACCCCAUACCCACCCCUCCCUUGAACCCUGCAAGAACUCUAUUUCUUUUUCUUCGGAUUUUUAGAUUAAAUAUGGUUGCGGCGUCGAAGCAAUUCCAGAAGAGGAAGCUGGAUGGGGCCGCGAAGCAUGUUAAGCCGUCGAAGAAAACAUUUAAAUCCAAUAAGAUGAUGAAGGACGAUGGUGUGAGGUCUGAGGCGGUUGCACUGCAGCUUGAAGACGAGAUUCCUGAUUUUCCUCGAGGUGGAAAUAUAUCUCUUAGUCGAAAAGAACGUGAGAAAAUUCGUGCGGAAGUCGAUGUUGAGUUUGAUGUUGAUGAGCAUGUUUCUAAGAAGACUAAGAGGGGAAAGGUCAAGAAGAAGAACCCUGCUGAUGCAGACGACUUGGGUUCACUUUUUGGGGGUGGUAUUUCUGGAAAACUUCCUAGAUAUGCCAACAAGAUUACAAAUAAGAAUAUUUCCCGAGGAAUGAAGCUUUGGGGUGUUGUUGCUGAAGUAAACGAGAAGGAUCUUAUAAUCAGUCUUCCUGGAGGCUUACGAGGAUUGGUCCGUGCAAAAGAGGCAUUGGAUUUUUCAGAUUAUGAGAUAAAGGAUGAUGAAGGUAAUCACCUUAGAGCCAUUUUCAAUGUGGGCCAGCUUGUUCCCUGCAUUGUGUUGCAGUUGGAUGAUGAUAAAAAAGAAACUGGGAAAAGGAAAAUAUGGCUUUCAAUGCGACUUUCUUUGUUGCACAAGGGGUUCAGUUUGGAUUCCAUUCAAGACGGGAUGGUGCUAUCUGCAAACGUGAAAAGUAUUGAGGACCAUGGAUAUAUCCUUCAUUUUGGAUUGCCUUCUAUCUCGGGAUUUUUACCCAAAAGAAGCCAGGAUGGAAGCAGGGAGAUCGAAGCAAAAAUUGGACAGCUUAUGCAGUGUGUUGUUACAAAAGUUGAUAGAGACCUUAAAAAUGUUCGUCUCUGUUGUGAUCCGGAUGCUGUGGCGAAGUGUGCGACCAAAGAUCUUAGGGGCAUGUCCAUUGAUCUUCUCAUGCCAGGCAUGAUGGUUAAUGCUCGUGUGCAAUCAGUGCUCGAGAACGGGAUUAUGUUAGCAUUCCUUACAUACUUUACCGGCACUGUUGACUUAUUCCAUCUACAAAAUCCUCUCUGCAACAAAAACUGGAAAGAUGAGUAUAAUCAGCAUAAGAAGGUUAAUGCUAGAAUAUUGUUUAUCGAUCCAUCGACUAGAGCUGUUGGUUUGACAUUGAAUCCACAUCUUGUCCGUAACAAGCCCCCUCCUCUGCAUGUUGCCAGCGGAGGCAUAUUCGACCAAGCAAAAGUAGUUCGGAUUGAUAGAGGGUCUGGCCUUCUUUUGGAAAUCCCUUCUACCCCUGUAUCAUCUCCAGCAUAUGUUAGCGCAUCUGAUGUAGCCGAAGAUGAGGUAAAGAAUUUGGAGAAGAAGUUCAAGGAAGGGAGUUGUGUCCGAGUUCGAAUCCUUGGCCUUAAGCAGUUGGAGGGGAUUGCCAUAGGGACUUUGAAGACAAGUGCUUUCGAAGGCCCGGCUUUCAUCCACUCAGAUGUCAAGCCUGGCAUGGUGAUGAAGGGAAAAAUCAUAUCUGUGGAUACCUUUGGUGCCAUUGUGCAAUUUCCUGGUGGUCUCAAAGCAAUGUGCCCACUUCGGCAUAUGUCUGAAUUUGAAAUUGCGAAGCCCCGGAAAAAAUUUAAGGUUGGGGCUGAAUUGACAUUCCGUGCGCUAGGCUGCAAGUCCAAGAGAAUAACUGUUACCCACAAGAAAACACUUGUGAAGUCUAAACUUCCAAUUCUGACUUCUUAUGCUGAUGCCACUGAAGGUUUGGUAACACAUGGCUGGAUAACGAAGAUUGAAAAGCAUGGUUGCUUUGUUCGAUUUUAUAAUGGGGUUCACGGAUUUGCUCCCAGGUUUGAACUUGGAUUAGAUCCUGGAAGUGAUCCUGAUUCGGUAUUUCAUGUCGGCGAGGUUGUCAAAUGUAGAGUAACCAGUGCUGUCCAUGCUUCACGGAGGAUCAACCUUAGUUUUGAGAUAAAGCCAGCAAGUGUUUCAGAAGAUGAUUCGAUCAAGUUAGGUAGCAUAGUAUCAGGAGUGGUUGACACCAUCGCUCCCCAUGCUGUAAUUGUUUGUGUCAAGUCUAAAGGUUACCUGAAGGGUACAAUUUCUAUUGAACAUUUAGCCGAUCACCAUGAGCACGCAAAAUUGAUGAAGUCAGUCGUGAGACCUGGAUAUGAGUUUAAAAAGUUAUUGGUACUAGACAUUGAGGGAAAAAACUUGGUUCUCUCCUCAAAACAUUCUCUCUUAAAGUCAGCAGAAGAGAUUCCUUCAAAUGCUAGCCAGCUUCAACCAAACUCAGUAAUCCAUGGUUACAUUUGUAACUUGAUUGAAAGCGGCUGCUUUAUCCGAUUUCUUGGUCGGUUGACAGGUUUUGCUCCACGAAGCAAGGCAAUGGACGAAACUAAAGGAGGUCUAUCGGAAGCCUUCUACAUUGGACAAUCCGUUCGAGCUAAUAUAAUUGAUAUCAAUCAAGAAGAGGGCAGGAUAACUCUUUCUUUGAAGCAAUCAUCUUGCUCUUCUGUAGAUGCGUCUUUCAUUCAAGAGUACUUCCUAAUGGAUGAAAAGAUAGCCAACCUACAAUCAUCUGACACCAUAGGAACUGAGUUUGGUUGGGUUGAACAAUUUACUAUCGGGAGUUUGGUUAAGGGAACUGCGCAGGAGAAAAAUGACCUUGGAGUUGUUGUCAAAUUUGAGAAUUUUGAUGAUGUCCUUGGUUGUGUACCUCACUAUCACUUGGGUGGAGCUGCUGUGGAAUGUGGUUCUGUUCUCCAAGCGGUUGUACUUGAUUUCUCAAGGGCUGAAAGGCUGGUUGACCUGUCUUUGAGAUCUGAUUUCACAACUAACUCCGCUAAAGAAGCAUCUAGCAUUCAAUUGAAGAAGGUUUCUCUUGAAAGAUAUAUUCCAGCUAAACGUAAAAGAGGAAUCUCAAAGGAGCUAGAGCUUCACCAGAGGGUCAAUGCUGUUGUAGAGAUGGUGAAGGAGCACUACUUGGUUUUGUCGAUUCCUGAAUAUGAUUACACUAUCGGAUACGCAUCAGUGUCAGACUAUAAUACGCAGAACUUUCCUACGAGACGAUUUUCCACUGGACAAAGUGUCGUUGCUUCUGUUGUGGCUCUUCCAAACCCUUUGAGUUCAGGCCGGUUGCUUCUGCUUCUGGAUUCAGUUACUGAGGCUUCCGAGACAUCCCGGUCAAAGAAGGCCAAAAAGAAGUCCAACUAUGAAGUGGGAUCUGUUAUCCGGGCUGAGAUUACUGAAAUCAAGCCUCUUGAACUUAGAGUAAAUUUUGGCUCUGAUUUGCAGGGAAGAAUCCAUAUAACAGAGGUAAAUGAUAUAAAUACUUGUGAAGAACCUUUUGCUAACUUCAAGGUUGGACAAUCAUUGUCUGCGAGGAUUGUUGCAAAGCCGUGUCGAUCUAACACUAAAAGGGGUUACCUAUGGGAGCUCUCCAUCAAACCUGCACUGCUUAGAGAUUCCGGCGAUUUGAAUGACAUGCAAAUCAAUGAGCAGCUCGACUUUUCGGCUGGACAAUCUGUCAGUGGGUAUGUCUACAAAGUAGACGUUGAAUGGGUUUGGCUGGCAGUAUCCCGGAAUGUGAAGGCUCGCUUAUAUAUUUUAGAUACUACUUGUGAGCCUCAUGAACUCAAAGAGUUCCAGAGACGGUUCCACCCCGGGAAAGCUGUUUCAGGCUAUGUGUUAAGUUAUAAUAAAGAGAAGAAAUCGUUACGGUUGGUUCAGCGUCCAGUGCUUGAUGCUUCCCAAUGCACUGUAGAGAAUGGAAGUGGCAAACUAGAUGCAUUAGGUAGUAACAUUCAUGGUGAAGAUGCCAGUCUUUAUAUAUAUGAAGGAGACAUUUUGGGUGGAAGAAUUUCCAAGAUUCUUCCUGGUGUCGGUGGACUUGUUGUACAAAUUGGUCCGCACACUUAUGGUAAAGUUCAUUUUACUGAACUGAAAGAUUCGUGGGUGUCUGAUCCACUUGAUGACUACUGCGAAGGCCAGUUUGUCAAAUGCAAGGUCAUAGAAAUCAGCCACUCUGUUAAAGGGACGUUGCAUAUUGAUCUGUCACUGCGGACAUCAUUAGAUGGCAUGGGUUCAGGCCAAGAUUCAGAAGCAUUGAAUAACAUUGAUAGUGCUUGCAGACGUAUAGAGAGGAUUGAUGAUCUUUCUCCUGAUAUGGUCGUUCAGGGUUAUGUUAAAAAUAUUAUGGCAAAAGGUUGUUUUAUUGUGCUUUCUCGGAAGCUUGAGGCAAAAAUUCUUCUCUCUAAUUUGAGUGAUGAGUUUGUUGAGAAACCUGAAAAGGAGUUCCCCAUAGGAAAGCCCGUUAUUGGCAGGGUGCUUACUGUGGAGCCGUUAACCAAGCGGAUCGAAGUUAGUCUGAAGUCAGCAAAUGCUGGUAGAGCACGGAAAUCUGAAGUUUAUGACUUCACGAAGUUCUCCAUUGGAGACAGGAUAUCCGGGAGAAUUAAACGUGUGGAGCCAUAUGGAUUAUUCAUUGUGUUAGAUCAGACAAACAUGGUUGGAUUAUGUCACAAGUCAGAGCUUUCAGAUGAACGUGUUGACAACAUACAAGCCACGUAUAAAGCUGGAGAGAGGGUCACUGUAAAAAUUCUGAAACUGGAUCAGGAAAAGCAUCAUAUAUCUCUUGGAAUGAAGAGUUCUUACUUUGCAAGUGACGAUGAUGACAAGAUGCAGCCAGCUUCUAGUGAAAUGCCUGGUAAAGCCAGCAUGCAAUGUGAUGACAUCAGUGAUACCGAUUCAGAAGCUUCUGCGGAAAUUCGUGAGGAAAUAACCAUCGAAAAUGGAACAUCAAUGGUUCUUUCUCAAGUGGAGUCAAGGGCCUCUGUUCCUCCACUAGAGGUCGACCUUGAUGAAAUAGAGCAGUACGACUUUGCUGUGGAUCAGAGCAAAGUGCAACAAGAGGAAGAAGACAAAAAAGAUGAAAAGAACAAGAGAAGGGCUAAGAAGAAAGCCAAGGAGGAAAGAGAGAAAGAAAUACAAGCUGCUGAGGAAAGAUUACUGGAGAAGAGUGUGCCUGCUAGUGCAGAUGACUUUGAGAAGUUGGUUAGAAGCUCUCCCAGUAGCAGUUUUAUCUGGAUAAAAUAUAUGGCAUUCACGCUUUCGUUGGCUGAUGUUGAGAAAGCCCGGUCUAUCGCUGAGAGGGCCUUGAGGACAAUAAACAUUCGCGAAGAGGAAGAGAAGCUAAAUGUCUGGGUUGCUUACUUCAACUUGGAAAAUGAACAUGGAAAUCCUCCACAGGAUGCUGUUAAGAAAGUGUUUGAAAGAGCGCUUCAGUACUGUGAUCAGAAAAAGGUCUAUCUGGCACUCUUGGGCAUGUACGAUAGAACAGAGCAGAACGAGUUGGCUGAUGAACUUCUGGACAAGAAAAUGAUCAAGAAGUUCAAGCACUCAUGCAAGGUUUGGCUAAGGAAGGUACAGCAGCUUCUAAAGGGAAAUGGGGAAGGCAUCCAGUCCCUUGUUACCCGGGCGUUAGAGUGUCUUCCCCGCCACAAGCACAUCAAAUUCAUAUCGCAGACCGCUAUUCGCGAGUUCAAAUGUGGAGUACCCGAUAGAGGCCGAUCACUUUUUGAAGGCGUCCUUAGAGAAUACCCGAAGAGAACAGACUUAUGGAGUGUAUAUCUUGACCAAGAAAUUAGGCUUGGAGAUGUUGAUGUGACUAGGUCUCUGUUUGAGAGGGCUAUCAGCUUGAGUCUUCCUCCGAAAAAGAUGAAGUUUUUGUUCAAGAAGUACCUUGAGUACGAGAAAUCUCUUGGCGACGACGAGAGGGCUGAGGAUGUGAAACGAAAGGCCAUGGAGUACGUCGAGAGUACGCUGGCUUAAGAACGAUUUUGUAUGACGAGGUCUUCAGUUUUGUAGGAUUAAUAUUUUUGGACGAAUUCAAGCUUGUAUGGGGAUGAAUUUGGUUUUUUUUAAUCGAAAAUUGAUGUUCGAGAUAGCCGAAAAUGAACUGCGGACAUAAUUUUGGCCUUGGUUCGGGUCUGGGUACCGCGAGGUGCCGGGAUAUUCGGAUAUGUAAAUCAUAAUAUCCUUAAGGUAUCUUAAUUGUACUUGAAUAA